AUGUCAGCGGUUUCGACGAUCGGCGUCACCGCCUUUUCCUUGGCGGGCCGGGAGCUGGCAAAGGUCUUUGUGCCACGGGAUGUCUCCGUGCGGAUGCUGGUCGAAGCGCUGGGAGCCACUGCUGGAAUCUCCUGGGAUGCGUGGCAGUUGACGUGGAAAGGCGAAGCCUUAGAGGACUGGAGUAUUCAACCCUUCAUCGCCUCAGACUCAGAGCUGUCUUCCGUGGAGCUUCAGGUGGUUCUGAAGCCGCAGCCCAUGCAGCUGGACCCCGAGCACGAGCAUGCCGUCGAGCUUUUGGAGGCAUUGAAGGAGCCCUACGAUGGUCUGCGCGGCCUGAGCUUCGCGCUCGGAUCUCUGCGACAGCUCUCGCUGGGUGCGAAAGAUGACGAUCGUUGCUUCAAGGACUGCCGUGGCGAUGACAGCAGCGGCGUCAUGUCAGAGCCUCAGAUGAACGCGCUCUUGCGCGCGGUUCUUGAUAACAGGUUGCAGUGCACGGUCCUGUGUCUGCGCGGAGUGCUUCGGCCAAUGGGGAUGAUGGCACGCGCCGUGGACCGGCAAGACUCCGCUGACUUAAUCUCACUGCUGUCGCACAUGCCCCAGCUCACAUCCUUGGAUCUCUCCGGCAACCGUUUGGGCUACACCAACACUUGCAUCGAGGCGCUUAGCACAGCGAUGCCCAAGCUUCAAAAGCUGACUUACCUGAACCUCUCCUGCAAUGGUUUUUUCUCCUUCCACGGGGGCUCUGGCAUGCUGCCGCCCCAUGUUUCUGCCCUUUUCGUGAGCUUGCUGACCUUGACAGCCUUGGAAGUUCUGGACUUGUCUCUGAAUGACAAGGCCUUCGUCCGUGAUUUCUGCAAGGAGAAGGAAGAGCUGGGAUCCUCGUAUGUGCCGAGACUGCUGAAAGAGCUGUCUUUGAAGAAGCUCCUCUUUGCCGGGAACGAUGCCGGGCUCAGCACAGUGGCAGCCUUGGAGGCCUCGAGACAGCCGGGGUGUGAGAUCGACUACGGCUUGGGCGACCACGUCGCCGAGGCCCUCUGUGCCAUUCAGGAGCCUUGGGAAGAGGGCACCUUCCGCCUGCCCCUCCUCGAUUUGGAGCCAGUGCAGCGGUCCUGGCCCGUCCGAACGGCCUACUACUGGCACCUGGGCUGUGGCCUCUCUGGUGUCGAGGAGGAGCUGAGGCACCGCGUGGUUUCGGUGGACGUCUCCGGGUCCAAGCUCGGACGCUCCUGGCCUGGGUUGGUCGAACGUGUUCUGCCGCACUUCCCAGCGCUGAAGGAGCUGAACCUGCAGAAGACGCAGGUUGCAGUCGACUUCCUCAUGGCUCUGCACCUGCCGGCAUUCGCGUCAUUGAGAAAGAUUGACCUAGCAGGCUGUGGUUUGUGCCACUUCACGAGCUUGGGCGACGACGAGCCGAAGAUUGCGCAAGCAUUCUUGUUUUGGUCUGAGUCUCUGACCGAUCUGGAUCUCUCCGAAAACUUUAUAAGCGAGUACGGAGAUUUUUCCCCAGGCCAGUUGGAACACAACUUGCCUCCGCUAGUUCGUGGCCUGAAGCGCUUGAAGAGACUAGCCUUGCGCAACAACGACAUUGGCGGCGUGCCGGUGCCGGACGAGCCUACCAGGUCGUUGAUCGAGGAUGCUUUCAACUUCGAAGCAGGAUCGCUGGAAGAGCUUGACCUGCAGGGGAAUCCUCUGGAGUCUCCUGAGUGGGACGAAUUGGUCGACCGCUUGCAAGCGAAGGUGCCACACGUCCGUCUGGACUUCGGCUAA